AUGGCCGGGAAAGGGGAGGCGGGUUUUUUGGUCCCCCCGCCCAGGGGUUGGGAAGGACAAGGGAAAGGGGGCGGGGCCGGGUGUGUUGGGGGUCCCGCAGGGGGCCCUGGCGAAGGCAGGGAGGCCGGGUUGGGGUCACCAGGGGCGGGAAGGCAGGGAGGCGGUUUGGGUCACCAGGGGUGGGAAGGCAGGGAGGCGGGUUUGGGUCACCAGGGGCGGGCGGAAAGGGCAGGGAGCGGGGUUGGGUCACCCAGGGGUGGGAUGGCAGGGAGGCGGGUUGGGUCACCAGGGGUGGGGAGAUUGGGCAGGGGGGAGGAGGGGGCCGGGUUGGGUCACCAGGGUGGGAAGGCAGGGAGGCGGGUUGGGCCGUCACCAGGGGUGGGAAGGCAGGAGGCGGGUUGGUUGGGUCACCAGGGGUGGGAAGGCAGGGAGGGGGCGGGUUGGGUCACCCAGGGGUGGGAUGUGGCAGGGGAGGGGGCGGGUUGGGUCACCAGGGGUGGGGAAGGCAGGGAGGCGGGUUGGGUCACCAGGGUGGGGAUUGGCAGGGAGGCGGGUUGGGUCCACCAGGGGUGGGAAGGCAGGGUUAGGCGGGUUGGGUCACCAGGGGUGUUUGGGCGGUGGGAUGGCAGGGAGGGGUCGGGUUGGGUUCACCAGGGUGAAGGAUGGCAGGGUAGGCGGGUUUGGGUUGGGGUUUCACCAGGGGUGGGAUUGGCAGGGUAG